AUGCUGAAGGCGGAGGCGAUACAGGAGGACAAGGACGUCUACUUCAGGUGUUCCGUCACAGCCAACCCCAAAGUGUACAAGAUCAUGUGGUACCAUAAUGACGAACUGGUCAAGCCCGACCGUUCUGCCGGAGUCCUGGUAUCCGACGACCACCUCGUCCUCCAGAAGGUGCACCGGCGCUGGAGUGGGACCUUCAUCUGCCGCGCCUCCAAUGUCGUGGGAGACGCCACUUCGAACCCCCUCUCGAUCACUGUCCGAUACGCCCCUCUCUGCUCCUCCUCGACCACGGGCGUGUACAGGGUCGCCCUCGGAGAUGAGAUAACCCUUCCGUGUCGAGUGUUAGCUCACCCUCCAAACGUCACUUUCUCGUGGACGUUCAUGAACUCCUUGACUGAGCAUGAACGCGUGGCAGGGGAGAGAGUCACAUGGAAGGGUCUUGAGUCGAGGCUGCGGUACCUGCCAGAGAAGACUCAGGAUUAUGGCACCUUGCACUGCUGGGCGAGCAAUGCCGUCGGGAACCAGAAGGAGCCCUGUGUCUUCACCGUCAAGCCUGCAGGUGUCCCCUCAGCCCCCCUCAACUGCACGGUCAGCAAUCAAACCUGGGAAAGCGUCGAGGUGACCUGUGGUGACCUGCCUUCCGUCUACGGGUCACGGCCAGGUCAAGGUCACAGCGGGGUCACAGGGGGAGCGGGGGGAGGUCACGGGCCGGUCCUGUUGCCUACCCCAAGCGCCCCAGCUGAGUUGCAAGACGCUGACAAACCAAGAUAUCUGGUGACGGUGCACGAGAGGCUGUCCAAGGCUGUGACGCAUAAUUUCUCAGGCUUAAUGUUCUAA